GAUCAGAGAACCUAAAUUACUGAAUUUACUUCUAUUUUUGUAGUCUCUCCAUUUAAGGUAGCAAAAUGUCUACACAUUUUCCUAUUUUCACAGAACUCUAAUACUAUUCAGUAAUUUGUCCUAAUCACUGGUCUUCAUUAGUUAUGAUUUCAUAACAAUUAGCUUGUGGUUUCUCUGUCUUAAAAAUGUUAUUUCUCAAGAAUUUCUGUAUAUAAGAGUUGUUGAAAGGGAAUCUUCCUGAAGUUUAGGUAAUAGAUAGAACUUGUCAUCUGUUUGGGCUUUUGAAGUUCAGAAUGACUGAAGCUUCAGCUGCCCAGGCUUCCCAGGAGCUAGAGGGACUUUUAAUAGUGAAGGUAGAAAAGGAAGAUUGUGCCUGGGGGAAGGAAUCUGACUCCCUUGGAAACAAAGCCUAUAUCCAAGAGAUCUCCCGAAGGAACUUUAGGCAUUUUUGCUACCAGGAGACUGGAGGUCCAAGGGAUGCUCUGAACCGACUCCAGGAGCUUUGUCAUCGGUGGUUGAGGCCUGAGGUACACACAAAGGAACAGAUCCUGGAGCUCCUGGUGUUGGAGCAGUUCCUGACCAUCCUGCCUGAUUCACUGCAGACCUGGGUCCAAGAUCGCCAUCCAGAGAGUGGAGAAGAAGCUGUGACGUUGCUGGAGGAUUUAGAGAGAAACCUUGAUGAACCAGGAAAACAGGUCCAAGCCUGUGCACGGGGACAUGAAGUGCUUUUGGACAAGACUACAUCUGUAGGAGUAUCAGAGGAUUUACAUGAGGCCCAGUUCCAUCUGGUGGAGACCCAGACUCCACAUGAAAGAGUUUCAGAUGGUACCAGAUGCAGUUCCACAAAGUUGUCUCCAAAGCAAGAACUUUUGAAAGAAGUGGAACCACAUGAAGAGUUAACUUAUAAAUUUAAUGGAGAAAUUCCACAGGCUUCUAAAGAUGGAGAAGCAUGUGAACCAGGUGUCAGGUUAAAAAAUCAAUGGGGAAAGCCUACAGGCAAGGAACAACAUAAACAUGAUGAAUCAGAAACUAACUUCAUCCAGAACUCAGUCGUUAUUGAAAGUCAAAGGCGUCAAAUAGGGGAGAAAGACUGUGAACGUGUUGAGCAUGAGACAACCUUUAAUCACAGUACAGAUCUAGUGCAACAUCAGAAGAACCAUGUAGGAGACCAAUCCUCUAGAUGUGAAGAAUGUGGGAAAACUUUUAGUUCAAAUAAUGGCCUAAUUCGACACAUGAGAAUCCAUACUGGAGAGAGACCCUAUAAAUGUAAUGAGUGUGGAAAAGCCUUUUGUCAGAGAUCAGUCCUUAAUCAACACCAGAGACUUCACAGUGGAGAGAAGCACUAUCAUUGUAAUGAGUGUGGCAAAUCCUUCAGUCAGAAUGCAGGGCUUUUUAAUCAUCUCAAAAAACACACUGGAGAAAAACGCUUUCACUGUAAUCAGUGUAGUAAAAGCUUUACUCGACAGUCAAUCCUUAUACAGCAUCAGGGAGUUCACACUGGAGAGAAACCUUAUGAGUGUAAUGAGUGUGGGAAAGCCUUUGUUUACAACUCAUCCCUUUUUUCUCAUCAGGAAAUUCACCACAAAGAAAAACGUUUUAAAUGUAACGAAUGUGGGAAAGCUUUCUGCAGGAGGACAGGCCUUAAUGAACAUCAGAAAAUCCAUUAUGUGGACAAAUCCUGUGAAAAUGAUGAAUGUGGGAAAUCCUUCAGUCAGAAUGGAAGCCUCAUGGAACAUCAGAAUAACCACACGGGACAGAAACAUUAUGAACAUGAGGAAGGUGAGAGCUCUUUUAGUCAAAGCACAGGCCUUGCUGAGCAUCAAAACCAUUCAGCAGAGAAACACUAUGACCAUGACAUAAAUGAAAAAGGUCAUAGUCCAAGUACAGGUUUUACUCAACAUCGAAUGAAGAAACAGACUGGGGAUAAGACAACCUAUCGUCAGAGUACAAGCCUUAUAGAACGUCAGACUAUCCAGACUGGUAAGGAACAGUUUGAAGAAGAUAAGGGUAGAAGAAGCUUUGAUCAUAGUACAAACAUCGUUGAACAUCAGAGAUCCUACACUAUAGAGCAACCAUACAAAUGUGAAGAAUGUGGAAAAACCUUCAGUGACGAAGCUGGCCUUAUUCGACAUAAGAAAAUUCAUACUGGGGAAAAACCCUAUAAAUGUGAGGAGUGUGGGAAAGCUUUUUGCCAGUUGUCAGCCCUCAAUCAACAUCAGUCUGUCCACACUGGAGAGAAACGGUAUAGAUGUAAUGAGUGUGGCAAAGCCUUCAGUCAGAACACAGGUCUUUUUUAUCAUCUCAGAGUCCAUACUGGAGAAAAACCCUUUCAAUGUAAUUUAUGUAGUAAAAAGUUUAGUCAGCGCUCAAUACUUACUAAACAUCAGAAAAUUCACUGGAAGAGGGUUUUAGUAGCAUGAAAAAUAGAAAAUUUGCCAACCUGUCUCUGCCUUAUUGACAUGUUAUUCAGCACUAGGGAAUUAAGUGUAAUGACCAAGAAGACCAGGUAGCAUUUCCAAUGGAGUAAAUUGACUCCUUAAUCCUUUCAUAUCUGAACAUGCUUUGGAACAAGAUGCUUAAAUUCACUUUGUUGUAUCUAACAAUGUUUCUGAGAUUUAGUGAUUGGGAGAAUGUUUAUCAUGUACAUCAUACCUGGUUUUGAAAUUGUGCCAUAACUACUUGUGAUAGAGUUGUAUCUGGUGCCUAAUUCCAAUUAUGUCAAACUACUUUGUUUCCUUGUGAUUCUAAAGGUUGGUUGCUUUGCAUUAAGCGUGAUUAAAUUUGUGUCUUAGAGCCAGAAUUUUUCCAUAUAAAUCUUAAAUUUUAUAAUGAAAAUGAUCAGAAAAUAGGGUUCAGAAUACUGUGUAACUUAGCAGUUUUUUCAGUGUAGUAGUGUUCUUGGUAAUAGUGUUUACUCUGGGAUUUUGAAGGGUACCUUUGUGUUUCAUACCCUUGUCCUAAACCUUGUAGGCUCUGCCUCAGUUUUAUCACUAUGCCAAGACUGAUCAGUUUUGGGGGGACUGAUUGACCAUAACAAUGCAUGCAGAACUGACACUAAUUAAUUUGCAGUAGGAGAUGUUGGUUCCAAGAAUUGGAACUAGUCAUUUCCAGAGGAUAUUUUCCCUAGUUGAUUGACUUAUACAGGAAAUCAGAUUGCUAACUAGAAAUUUGCUUGUAAAUAGAGAAUUCAGAGCUGGGGAAGUUGAAUGUACUCAAAUUGUAUUUUUGUUAAGCUACAGUAGUUCAGUAGAAUACCCUUGUCUAGUCCAGGGUAGAUGGGAAGGCUUAUGAAAAAUAUUUUUUGAGUAUUUUCCUUGUUUCCCUGUAAAACUGAGGAGCAAAGCAAAAGUUUCCCAUUUUGGGGGGUUUUCUAGUACUUCACAUCUCUGUGUAUAUGAACUAGUGAUUCUAUGAUCAACCAAAGUUAUACCUAAGACAUUGUUAUGUAUUUUCAUAAGUUUCUUUAAAAUUUUAAAUUUUAAAAAAUGGCCUGUAUUUCCAUUUCUCCCCAAAUGACAGUUUGUAUACCUCAUCCCACCCCAAGGGGUUUUAAAUUUUACAUUUCUCUCCAAAGAAGUAGAUCUGAAAUCUUUCCAUUUUGUCUAGUGCUGGAGAAACUAGCAAAUUCUUCUUUUUCUAGAUCCAGAAACCUACUCUUUUUGAUUUCCAUGGUUCUACCUCUUUUCAGGACCUAGCAAUUUUGCAUUGUGUAGGUGUAGGUAUUCAGUAGACUGAUUUCUGAUUGCCUCGUAGACAGGUUUUCUAUAGCUGCUAAUUUACUUUAUGUUGUGGAUUCCUUUAAGUCUUACCAAGGCUCUCCCUUUUCUGACCUUACCUGUUUUUACCUUUACUUUAAUGCCCUUUUUGAGAGCCAUCUUUUUCUUCUCUUGAAUUUGGUGGUAAGGAAAACACCAAUAAAUUUCUCAUGACAAUCAUAACCUCUUUGUUUUGAUACCAGGAUAAAAAUACUUGACUUAAACUUGGCUAUGAUGUA